CCAAUCUGAAUGCGGUGAGAGAGACCAUGGACAUUCUGCUUGAGAUUUCAAGGAUUUUGAAUACUGGCUUAGAUAUGGAAACCCUGUCUAUUUGUGUGCGGCUUUGUGAACAAGGAAUUAACCCUGAAGCUUUAUCAUCGGUUAUUAAGGAACUUCGAAAGGCCACUGAAGCACUAAAGGCUGCUGAAAAUAUGACAAGCUGAUUUUUCUGAAGAAAUCUUGAUAAGAUAUGUCAAGCUCUGCAAGAAGAUAGAAGAUUGCAUUGUAGUCAAGAACGUAGAAUGAAAUUAUUGCAUGCAGCAGCGUAGGAGCAUUUUCCUUUUAAAGAGAAUUACAAAACCAUAGCUUUAUAAAUCAGUGGAAAGUGGCUUACAGAGAAACCUGAUGUGUUUACUUCGCUUCUUCUUUUUUAAUAGCUCUAAUGCUUUGGCAUCACGAUGUACAUCAUAUUUAUGUAUUCCUUAUUUAUAGCUAGGAUAGCUUUAAUUUUCUAAAGAGUCUAUCAGAGGUGCACAUCUGCUGUGCCUGGUUGCGGGUUUAGUGCAACCCAUCAGUAGUGAUGUAGUUAUGACUUGUUGACAUUUCCAUUAUAAACUUUAAUUUUGAAUUGUUUAUGCAUAUAAGAACUGUGGGUAUAUGUUGUAUUCAGCUGAGGGUUGACAGAAUUACAGCUACCGUUUGUGAAUUUUUAUUUCAAUUCAUUAUAUGCAUCAUAGUCCUGUUUUAUAUGUGAGCAUGAAGAACAUUUCUUAGAAUUGUCUCUUUAAUGCAGAAUAUUUAGUUUUUUAAGCAUAAAUUUUAGCUGACAAUUCAUGUGAACCAGGUCACUUUUGUAUUGAAAAAUAAAAAGUAAUGACAAGACUAGUAUUAUUUUUGGCUUGAAUCAUUUAACUCUGAGAAUAUGAGUUGAGAAUGUUUCUAAGUUUGAUAGCCUAUAAAUAAAACGACCUAAAAUAAAAGAUGUCUGAAUUGACACAGAGCCAGCAUGCAAAAUUCAUUUUCACUUUUAUUAUGUAAAAGUAAUCUGAGUGCUUACUUAAUAAAUCUUGAGUGGCUAACUAAUAAAUCACUAGAUGGAAAGUGUCUUUCAGAUGAAAGUGUUAAUUUUCUUUUGAAGAAAUAGGAUCUUCUAGUCAUUGUCAAAAACUAAAUGAUCAAAUGUCCUACCUGAGGAAUCAUAACUAUGUCUUUUGAAGAUCAGUUUGCUGUGUCAUUAUUUUCCCUUAGAUGUUUUAUCUAGCCAAAGUGAGCAUUCAAAGUAAAUCUUUUAAAAAGAUACUGAUUUUGUUUCUGUAAGAGUCUUGGUGGAGGUUUUUUUUUUUCUGAAAUUAAAAUGGAUACAAUCUGACUUUGAAUAUUA